UUUUUUUUGAAACAAAAAAUUUAAUAUUUAUAUUAAAAUACAAUUUUUUUUAAUAAAAAAUAAUACAAUUUUGCGGUUAAUUUGUUUGUUUGUCAGCGAUUUUUUUUGAGGUCAUAUCGUUAGCGGCCGCCGAUCGGUGGUCAACAAAAGUGGUCACAACAACAACAAACCCUUCAAUCAAAAUCAUAAAAAAUCUUCACAAUUGAUGGAUCAGUCGGACAGAGUGACACCAAUCAGAGAUUUGAAGAUCGGAUCGAAAAAUCUGACCAUAAUUGCCAUCGUUUUGGACAUCGGUCGACCCAAUACAACCAAAGAUGAUCACGAGAUACGUACGGUGAAGUUGGCCGACCGGACCGGUUCAAUCAACGUAUGCGUUUGGGACGAACCGGGAGUCUAUCUUCAACCGGGAGACAUAUGCCGUAUCACUAAAGGAUAUGUUAGUCUAUGGAAAGGUUGUCUGACUCUCUAUACGGGAAAAGUCGGUAAAAUCCAGAAGAUUGGCGACUAUUGUAUGGUAUUUGCAGAGUUGCCAAACAUGAGUGAACCAAACACUGAACUAACACAACAAAUGCCAGUUAAAUAA